AUGAGCGGAAAAGCACCCUUAUACAUCCACAAGCUUCAUGAGAAAUAUGAUCAGAUAGACGUCUGUGAUAUAAAUGCCGUGAAAGAGAUUCACAAGACAAACAGCCGCUUCCUCAAAACGGUGUUCUACCGCAACCUGGCUAGCGGGGCUGUGCACACUGUAUUCUCGACUAGGGAUACCAAGUUUCAUUCCGUCCAUCGGCGUCUUCUGGCAUCUCCCAUCUCCGACUCCUCUCUGACUCGCUUCGAGCCGCUCAUAGCUGAUAGGAUCAACCUCACUGUCAGCAAAAUAAAACAGGAGCUGGAAUCGCGCGGUGUUGCUGAUGUGUUCAAAUGGUGGUUAUUUAUGGCAACAGACAUAAUCGGCGAACUAAGCUUUGGUGACUCGUUCGGAAUGCUCGAAGCAGGAAAGAAAAAUCAAUACACCAUAGACAUGGAACGACUGGCAUCGUACCAGCCAAUUCGGACGACGUUUCCAACUCUAAUCAAAAUCGCCAGCUAUAUUCCCUUGCCAAUGCUCAGGGAAAGUGUACAGGCAGGUAAAAGAAUUGGGAUGCAUGCUGCCCAGUCGAUCGAUCGUUACCGACGUCUCAUGGCUCAGAAUCCAUUGGACCCUAAGCCCACUCUGCUCACCAAAUUGUUUGAUACGGAGAAAAACGGCUUGUCAUUGCAGGAUAUCCGACAAGAGGCCCACGGAUACAUUGUCGCAGGAAGCGAUACCACUGCUGUUACCAUGACUUAUCUGAGCUAUGCUGUGUCUAACGACAGCCGUGUGCGAGAGAAACUUGUCGCUGAAUUGAUGGGUCUUGCCGAGCCCAUUACAGACAAAAGCCUCAGAAACCUGCCUUAUCUCAACCUAGUCAUCACGGAGACUUUACGGUUGUAUACGGCUGUCCCUCUUGGCUUGCCUCGAUCAGUGCCACCAGAAGGAGCACACUUCUGUGGGUUCCAAAUACCAGGAGGAAUCACAGUAUCAACUCAGUCUUAUAGUCUCCAUCGAGAUCCUUCUAUUUUCCCAGACCCGUACAGUUUCAAUCCCGAGAGAUGGGAAAACCCUAGCAAGGAAAUGAAAGAUGCCUCCCUGCCUUUUGGUGGUGGAUCUAGGAUCUGCUUGGGUAUCCAUUUAGCUCGGAUGGAGCUUCGUAUGGCCACGGCGCUUUUCUUCCGAGCCUUACCUGAUGCCCGACCUUCAAAGAAAGAAGGAAUGUCAGAGAGUGAUAUGAUCAUGGAGUCUUAUUUCUUGAUGGCUCCACAGGGCCAUCGUUGUCUUAUUGAGACAUGA